CAUGGAUCUCCAGACCAGUCUCCUGCACAAUUCCGCCCUCGAUCCCUGGCUGGCUCGUUGGCCAAUCCGAUGGCAGCUCCACCGAUCCAUCCAGGGCUCCGAUCCGCGAUCCCAGGGCCAGCCCGACUUGCCUGCGAGACAUCCACUUCGCGAUCGGCUUCUUUUCAGCCUCGUUGGCCAUUGCGAUCCUUCUUCCGAUUAGACCUGCGCAUUCUAGACAGCAUCGUUACGACUCAUCAUUCUUACUAGACCAUUGCUAUCAUUAUUGAUAUACCCGCCCGCAAUUGAUACGUCCCCCUUACCCUCAAAAUGCACGAGCAUGAGCUGUCCUACAUGGGGCCUCGGGCCUUCAGUCACGACCAAAGCCAAGAUGCGGAAGCCGAAUACGACCGUCUUCGCGAUCUAGCCCGUCAAGAAGCCUCGCAGCGCAACUCAUGUUUCCAACGGUCCCAAGAAGCCUACUCCAGCGGCGAUGGUGCCAAAGCCAAAGAACUCUCCGAACAAGGCAAAGCCCACGGCCGCAAGAUGGACGACUACAACAAGCAAGCAUCGGACUUCAUCUUCCGCGAGAACAAUGCCGACGGGCGCGUUGCAGCCGACACGAUUGAUCUGCAUGGACAAUUUGUCGAAGAGGCAGAGGAGAUUCUGGAGGAGAGGAUUAAAUAUGCUAAAUCGCAUGGGCAGGAUCAUCUUCAUGUAAUCGUCGGCAAAGGCAACCACUCCGUCAACCACAUUCAAAAAAUCAAACCCCGCGUGGAACAAGUCUGUCUGGAACUCGGCCUCCAGUAUGCGACCGAGGAAAAUGCAGGCCGUAUUUAUGUGAACCUUACUGGUGGGCCCGCGGAUCUGGCGACCGCGCCGGUGCCCUCGCAUCCUCACUACCAGCAGCAUCAACAGCACCAACAGCACCAUCAGCAGUCGUCGGGCAGCUAUGCUCAUCCCCAACACGCGCAGGCGCAGCAGGGCACUUACGCUCAUCCCAGCCACCAGCAGCAACCCAGCUAUGCUCAUCCUCAUCCGGAGCAGGAGCAGACGCAGCAGCAAUAUCCCAGUCAUCAACAGCAGCAAUACCCCCAGCAGCAACAGCAAUAUCCUCAGCAACAACAACAACAGCAGGGUGGGAACCAGGACGAGAUCGAGCAGGUGGUUAACGCAGUUCUGCCUAAGGUAUUGCGUAAGCUGGAGAAGGCCUGCUGUGUGGUGAUGUGAUGCAAUUGGGAGAUAGACGGGUUAUAAUCAUGUCCCGGGUUUGGAGAUGUUAGGUCAGCCGGCAUCUGACUCGAUUGGUAUAGACCAGAUAGGGCGGGGUGAGUCCUAGUGUAGGAACUGUGAUUGAUCGCAUUGGCAUUCUCGCAUUGGCAGGUGGAUUACAUAUACCCCGGGGUUCAGUUGUGUUGGAUUCAUUUCUAGAAUCUUCCCGUAUAAUAUUUCUUGGGCGGGCAUUUGUUACGGGCCACCAAAAAGAAAGAUGGGUUCGUAUUAGAAACGCCACGAGUGCAUGCAUCCAAGGCACCCAAUAG